UAGUUACCCCAGCCACAAAGUCAAAAUUGGCUAUAUCGUAAAAAUUCAUGAAAACAACAAUUUGCUUUUUGGUCUUAAUUUAAGGUUAGUGUUAGGCAUAAGGUUAGCAGUGUGGUUAGGGUUAAGAUCACAUCUUAAGAAGAUAAACUGUCGAAAUAGUCGGGGUUUAUGACUUUGUACUGUGUUAAUUGAUGACGACCGUUGAAAACACUCGAACCGAGAUUAAAUUAAUGGAUCAUUUAAAUAUAAUUGCAGCAAACGGGCAGCAGUUUGAUUUACAAAUUCAUUACUCUUAAAUAUUACUAACUUCAGAAAAGGCUUAUGUGCUCCGCGACGCUCGAUUUUCGACUCCGGGAGCUUUAUGUGACAGUUGUCGGCGUUGAGUCCUUUUCAGCACCACUGCAUCAACAUGGGUGUGAUCGGUGUGCAGCUGGUGGUUACCAUGGUAAUGGCUAGUGUCAUUCAGAAGAUCAUACCUCAUUAUUCCUUCGCAAGAUGGCUGCUCUGCAGCGGAAGUCUUCGGUGGUACCAGCACCCUACGGAAGAUGAGUUGAGGAGCCUUGCUGGAAAACAACAAAAAACUAAGAGCAAGAAGGACCGGAGGAACAAUAGCAACAUAGAGAACAAGCCUCUGACCAUUCCCAAGGACAUAGACCUGCAGCUGGAGACCAAGUGCAUCACAGAAGUGGACACGUUAGCGUUGCACUACUUCCCAGAGUUCCAGUGGCUGGUGGACUUCACGGUGGCAUCCACAGUGGUGUAUCUGAUCACAGAGCUGUACUACACAGUGGCCCAGCCCUCAGGAGAGAUGAACAUCAGUGUGGUGUGGUGCCUGCUUGUCCUUGCCUUCGUCAUUAAGACUCUGUUCUCCCUGACGGCCUUCUACUUCAAGCUGGAGGAGGGCGGCGAGCGCUCGCUCUGCAUCACCUUCGCUUUCUUCUUCUUCGUCAAAGCCAUGGCCAUCCUCAUCGUCACCGAGAACUACCUGGAGUUUGGCCUGGAGACAGGUUUUGCAAAUUUCUCUGAAAGUGCCACACAUUUUUUGGAGAACCAGGGGUUGGAGUCCCAAGGUCCCAUAUCUAAACUCACCUUUAAGCUGAUCCUGGCCCUGCUCUGCUCUCUGAUUGGUGCAUUUCUCACCUUCCCCGGCCUACGAUUGGCCCAAAUGCACCUGGACGCCCUCAACCUGACCACAGCUAAAGUCACACAGACCUUGCUUCAUAUCAACUUCCUGGCCCCUCUUAUUAUGGUAUUGUUGUGGGUGAAGCCCAUAACCAAGGACUACAUCCUGAACCCUACCAUGGGGAAGGAGAGUGUGCCUUUCAGGAUGACUGAGGAGACGUACGAUACGUUGCGGUUAUGGACCAUUCUGCUGCUGUGUGUGCUUCGCUUGGCCAUGAUGAGGCACCACCUCCAGGCCUACCUCAGCCUGGCCCAGAAGGGCGUGGAACAGAUGAAGAAGGAGGCGGGACGCAUUAGCACCGUCGACCUGCAGAAGAUGGUGGCCCGGGUUUUCUACUACCUAUGUGUAAUCGCACUGCAGUAUGUGGCACCCUUGGUGAUGUUGCUGCAUACAACCUUGCUGCUAAAAACCUUAGGUGGACACUCCUGGGGGGUGUACCCUGAGGAAGACCUCCCCUGCCCACUGGAGAUUAACUCUGAUCAUGCCAUGGUGGCAGCACCAACUGCAGCUCCAGGGCCGGCGGUGGAGGCCCGGGCUUCAGUCGCCCACCUGUCGGUGGCCCUCGGGGGCCUGCGGACAGUGUUCACCCCCCUCCUUUUCCGCGGCCUCCUCUCCUUCUUCACCUGGUGGAUCGCUGCCUGCCUCUUCUCCACCUCAAUAUUCGGCCUCUUCUAUCACCAGUAUCUUAUGGCGGCAUAGCAGCAUUGCCCCAGGGUCAGGGUGGUGUCCCACAGGGCUCUGUUCCAGGCCCGUUCAGAAGUGACUGUGUGGGGCAGGGCCCUAAUGACAACUCCCCUCCCACUCCCACAGCCCCGUCACUCAUGAUCCUAUCAGCAGAGCUCCUCCCCCAGUGCUUCCUCCAUGGAUGACUCUAAACCUUUCUUUUACUACCUUAUUUUUGAGAGUAGGAUUCACAAAUCCUUAACAAAGGAGACUAAUAUAAAUGAGAGUAAUCAUAAUAUACACUGAGUGUACAAAACAUUAAGAACACCUUCCUAGGGCCGUUAUAGUGACCGUAUUACCGCCACA